CUCUCUCUCUCUCUCUCUCUCUCUCUCUCUCUGUUGCUUUGUGUGUGUCCCCCCACCCAUAUUGACCACCAUGGGCAAGCUCACUCCUCACCUCAUCCUAACUCUCACUCUUCUGUUAACCACCCUCCCCACCAAAGGAGCCUGCUUUGUUUCCAUGGAAGCGCAACCGACCGUCCAAUACCUACCAAUUGGCACGGUUCAGUACCGCUCCAUCGAUGGAAUCGCCGCCGCGGAUGGCGAUGCUAACCGCCCCUUCCAGCUCUGCGUGGAUUGCCGCUGCUGCACCGCCAACGACCGGAACAACUGCACGUCGAUGCCAUGCUGCUUUGGUAUCGACUGCGACCUCCCCGACAAGCCCUACGGCGUCUGCGCCUUCGUGCCCAAGACCUGCAACUGUACCUCAUGCAGUUGAGAUUCUUCUAAGGUACACAAAAAGAUUCAUAUAUACAUAGUUGUGAACUGAAAGGCAUGCAAAAGAUUAGAUUUUGAUAUACCUUGUAGUGUAUCACAGUCACCAAUCCCAAAAAAAUAAAAACAUCUGUGUGAUAUUAUUUCAAUCAGAUGAUGCAAUGGAUAGUUCAAAUUUGAAUUAAAGCUAAUUGACUUUUUC